CUGGAGUUCGGGCUGGCGCUGGAAGCGUUGGCCGAGGCGGGGUACGCCGGCUGCGGGCUGGACGAAUGGCUGGUGCAAUUCAACCAGGCCAACCGGGGAGCGGCAAGCAAGCUGGAGCUGACCGCUGAGGGAGUGUUGCUGGUAUCGCCCAUGCAGAGCAAAACCGGUUCACGGCUGGAAAUGAUAUUCGCCGGUGAGUUGUACGGCUGGGCGCGUGAGCACGGCGGGGAAGCCCACGGCUCGCGGUUGGGCGUCCAUCUCCCCAAUGGAGCCCGCUACGCUCCCGACGCGGCGUGGCUCUCCCCGGAGCAGUUGGCCGACUAUUCCCCCUCGCGAGACACCUGGCUGCUGCACUUCUGUCCCCACUUUGUGGCGGAGGUGAUGUCGCGCCACGACCGUCCGGCGGAGGCGCGGCGCAAGAUGGAUGACUACAUCGCCCACGGCGCGCGCCUGGGCUGGCUGAUCGACCCCUUCCGACGGCAGGUGCAUAUCUACCUUCCCGAGCGCCGAACCCCUGGUUCUGGACGACCCCGAGGUGGUGAGCGGCGACCCGGAACUGCCGGGCUUCGUGUUCAACAUCCGCGCGCUGGUCUUCGACGCUCAGUAGGCCGCCCCAUGACCACCGCAACCACCGUCGGGCAGAAGCUGUGGAACUACUGCGACGUGCUGCGCAACGCCGGCCUGUCCUACGGCGACUACCUGGAGCAGCUCACCUACCUCAUCUUCCUCAAGAUGAUGCACGAGCUGACCCAGCCACCCUUCACCAUGCUGGCCGACCACCGAGCCGCCGCCCAUUCCCGAGGGCUGCGACUGGCCCAGCCUGCUGGCGCGGGACGGCGCGGAUCUGGAUCAACACUACCGCGCACGCUGGAAACCCUGUCCCAGCAGGAGGGCACGCUGGGGGUGAUUUUCAGCAAGGCGCAGAGCCGCAUCCAGGAACCGGCCAUGCUGACCCGGCUGGUCAAGGAGCUCAUCGACAGCGAGAACUGGCACGGCCUCAGCGCCGACGUCAAGGGCGACGCCUACGAGUCGCUGCUGGAGCGCAACGCCCAGGACGUGAAGACGGGCGCCGGCCAGUACUUCACGCCGCGUCCCGCUCAUCGAAGCCAUCGUGGACGUGAUGCGGCCCGGGCCGGACACGACCAUCUGCGACCCGGCCUGCGGCACCGGCGGGUUCCUGCUGCGCCGCCCACGACUACAUCGUGCAGCAUCACCCGACCAUGA